AAUAAGAACGAAUUGCCCUCUUUAAUUUCCUUGUCAUACAUACUUAUAUCAUUUACUUAUUAGACCCCUUCCCAUCUUCUUCUCCAGGCGGCAAGUUUUGCCGCCGGAAAGGAAUUAAUAUUACUACCCUUUUUUUUCUUCAUUCUUCUUUAUCUUCCUCUUCUGCAUUACCCUGUCAUUUGUUUCACCUAUGGAGAAACCGAAAACUCCCUUAAAGGGAGUCCUUGAUGAUAUUAAAGGAAGGAUAACAUGCUACAAACGCGAUUGGCUUGACUCAUGUGGCACAGGCGUAAGGAUACUGGCUCCAACAGCAUACAUUUUCUUUGCUUCUGCUCUUCCUGUGAUUGCUUUCGGAGAGCAAUUGAGUAGAGAAACAGAUGGAGCUAUGAGCACAGUUGAAACACUUGCUUCUACUGCUAUAUGUGGAAUCAUCCAUUCCAUUUUGGGUGGACAGCCUCUGUUGAUCUUAGGAGUUGCAGAACCAACAAUUAUCAUGUAUACCUACUUGUACACUUUUGUUAAGGAUAGACCAGACAUGGGGCCAAAGCUGUUUGUUGCCUGGGCAGGAUGGGUUUGUAUCUGGACCGCGUUGAUGCUGUUUCUUCUUGCUAUAUUCAAUGCUUGCAAUAUCAUACCUAGGUUUACGAGGCUUGCAGGGGAACUCUUUGGCAUGUUAAUCACAGUUCUUUUCCUCCAAGAGGCUAUUAAGGGAGUAGUGAGUGAAUUUACUAUUCCAAAAGGUGAAGAUCCGGAACGAGAGGAGUUCCACUUUCAUUGGCUCUACACGAAUGGGUUACUGGCAGUUAUUUUCUCGUUUGGUGUUCUUUUAGCUUCUAUUAAAAGUAGAGGAGCUAGAUCAUGGCGUUAUGGAACAGGUUGGAUGCGAAGUUUUAUAGCCGACUAUGGGGUUCCCCUUAUGGUUGUGUUGUGGACAGCAAUGUCUUUUGGUGUGCCUGGAAAAAUUCCCUCUGAAAUUCCUCGAAGGCUCUUUUGUCCUCUCCCUUGGGAGGCUAAAUCAUUAUACCACUGGACUGUGAUCAAGGAUAUGGUAAGGGUCCCAGUGUUGUAUAUCUUUGCGGCCUUCAUUCCAGCUCUCAUGAUAGCUGGUCUAUACUUUUUCGAUCACAGUGUUGCUGCACAGAUGGCACAACAGAAGGAGUUCAAUCUUAAAAACCCAUCUGCUUACCAUUAUGAUUUGUUUUUGCUUGGGGUCAUGACUUUGAUAUGCGGAUUACUUGGAAUUCCCCCUUCUAACGGGGUACUUCCACAAUCACCAAUGCAUACAAAGAGCCUUGCUGUACUCAAGAGACAGUUAAUUCGGAAGAAAAUGGUGAAGUGUGCGAAGGAAGGUAUUAAGCAGAAUGCAACAAAAUCAGAGAUAUAUGGAAAGAUGCAUGCCGUCUUCGUUGAGAUGGAUGCUACAUCAAAGCGCACGGCAGAUAAGGAGUUGGAGAACUUGAGGGCAGCUGUUAUGAAACAGGACGAUGGAGAAGAUGGAACAGAAGAAAAAUUUGACCUUGAGAAGCACAUUGAUGCCCACUUGCCUGUCCGAGUAAAUGAGCAAAGAGUUAGCAACUUUUUGCAAUCUCUACUUGUGGGAUGCUGUGUGCUUGCUAUACCUGUGAUCAAGAAGAUACCCACCUCAGUCCUUUGGGGAUAUUUUGCAUACAUGGCUAUUGACAGUCUCCCUGGUAAUCAAUUCUGGGAGAGGCUGCUGCUGCUUUUUAUUCCUUCUGGUAGAAGAUUCAAGGUCUUCGAAGGGCUACAUGCCUCCUAUGUUGAGUUGGUCCCAUUCAAAUUCAUUGUCAAGUUUACAAUGCUCCAGUUCCUGUAUUUCUUAAUUUGUUUCGGAGUAUCAUGGAUACCUAUCGCUGGAAUACUAUUCCCUUUGCCUUUCUUCCUUCUCAUACCUAUUAGAGAGCAUGUUCUUCCCAAGUAUUUCCCACCCGAGUAUCUUAAGGAAUUAGAUGCAGCUGAGUACGACGAAUUUGCUGGUGUUCCAAAGGAGAGAGAGAUAGCUGAUGAAGAAAAUGAUGAUGAUUUCUCUGAUGCUGAGAUAUUGGAUGAGAUGACAACACACAGAGGUGAACUAAAACACAGAUCUGUCAGCCUUACCGAAAGGCAACAUCAGGUUUAUCCACACGAGACUUCUGAAGUGUAAUGUUAGCUGAUGCAUUGAUGUAAAUGAUAUAGUGCAUUGUGAUUCCCAACCAGAGUACUAUCGGGGAGGUCAUUAAUUUUCACAAAUCCUCUCGGUUGUGGAAAAUGUGCAGUAGAAAGGAUACAUGAAAAGAAAGACGAGAGUAGAAAAAAGCGGGAGAUGGAGAUAUUAUAAAAAGAAAAAAGCACAAGAGAUUCUAUACAAACUUUAUUUUUCUUUCAUAGUACAGAAGCUAAAGUAAUAUAGAAGUUUAAUGCUGACUGAAGAUUGUGUAUAAUUGUUGAUGCUUUUUUUGUGUUAUCAUUUUAUUUUUGGCAAACGUUGAAGAUGUAGAUGCCUUUUGUGUCAAUACAAAUGGGUCAUUUAGGAA